CUUUCAGCAGUCCUGAUAUUGGCGGGAAAACGGCGUAUUAUCGUGCCAGUGCUUGCUGGCAAUGCCGCGCUCGCCCGCAUCCGCGCGACUGCUUUGCUGAGGAGGCCGGUGCCCAGUCGGGCCCCCGCGUGACCACUCCUUUUGCGUAGACCUGACGAGUCGAGCGCCGAGCGCAGAGAACGGAACGAGCGGCUCCGGACGAGGGAGAAAAGAUGGCGAACGACAAGGACCCCGUGAGGCAGCUGAAGGAUCUUGCACACCUGAAAGGCCAACUGGAGGACAUCCAGAAGCGAGUGGAGAACGAAGUGCAGGCUGGAGUCCCGCCGGGUGGCAGUCUGCUGGCAUCGCCCUUCCUGAAAGGCUUCCUGGGAGGCUAUAUUGUGGCCAAGCUGCGCUCCUCUGCACUCCUGGGUGUCAUACUGGGAACCUGCACUGGAAUUUAUGCAGCACAGAACUUUGAUGUUCCCAACAUUGAAACAACGCUGAGAGAUUAUAUUCAGUCCAUUAAAAAAGGCACCAAAUGAAAGAGCUGGGAAGUGUCUCCCUGGUCCAGGACAGACAUCCAACUAUGCCUUUUAUUUUCCAGAUGCUGCAGAAAAUCCUCAAACUGGAAAAUGCAUGUUUUUCUGUAUUUAUCAUGUUUUUUGAUUUAUCAUUUAUGUGCAAUAAUUUCGAGAGGAAGCAUUUAAAUGUUUUGUUUACAGUAGUAUUUCAUUUAUGUUAAUUAAGCUAUAUGUAAAUGUCACUCUUGAGGGGAAGUAGGAUGUAUUUUAAAUUUAUAUUCUGAAAUUUCCUCUGGUUUACUGGAAAUCUAAAAUAGUCAAGAGGGUGUCACUGAUAAGUAUGGAACGUCAUUUUAAAGUUUAUUUUGGCAACAAAGGAAAUGGGGAGCCUGUUUUGGGGGCACGUAUGUACCGGUACCUUCAGUGUUUUCUCCAUCGCCUGGCUUUAGCCCUCCAGGUAGCGGCUGACCGCACGGUGGGCUGGACCCAUGCUGUGUUAUGCCAGCUGCUGCCUGGAGCUUCUCCCACCAUCUCCCACUUGGUCUGCAGAACCAGGUUCUGCAUUUGCUUAAUUUCAGAGUGAGCCUGUACCGCAGCACAGGUUUCACUGCGACUUCCGUUGGACCAUGCAGCUGACUCCCAUCGCAAUAUCAGUGGCCGUCAGCGCGAUGAGGAGCUUCGCAGAAUUGCUUUUCUUUCUGCUCCACAUAGAUGAAGAUCAUUAAACACUGCAUACUUCUGCACUAUGAUGUAUUAGAUAUUAAACAGAAAAAAGUAGAAAUAACAAGUAACUAAAUAUUACAGUGAAAACCUCAUUAGAAAUCUCUGUUCUGUUAAGAUCAUGUUAAUAAAGCAAAGUCAUUGAGUUGCCACAAACAAUAGGGUCAGGAAUACUUGAAUUCAUGGUAUUUCUUAGUAAAGGUAAGCAAAGUGAAAAUAGAUUGGUCUUUUCCACUGUCCAGUUUCUGAGUUUUAAAAGUUCCACAAGCUUCGUGAACAAGAAAACCUUGAGUCUUGGAGCAGUUCCCUAACCAGUUUUCUGUUGCCUUUUUUUGUGUUGUUAUUCAAACCAAAUGUACUCUUGCUCAAUUUUUACAUGUACAUUUUGAGAGAAAUGCAUGUGCCUUUAUAAAGAGUUUAAUUAAAACACUUUCUUAAUGCUUUCUCUCUGCAUUCGUAAGC